AGGCUAGGCACAAGACACGACACGCUACGGCGUCAAUCACACUGGACCCGGCUCUCCACCACCAUCGUCCCCGCCUGGUGCUCGCCACCAACCACUGCCACCUUCAGCAACAUUGACCGCGGUAGCUUGGCUGGGCUUGUCUAGGCUCUCUGUCAGUCUCGACGAGCCUGUGCAGCGAGAAGACGGGCAAAAGGACGACGAUAGGGACGCGCACGCCCUGCCCCGCGCAUCAAGCCUGUUCACAUUGCCCUUGAAGUGAGACUUGUCCGACGAGAGAAGGUCGGAGAAGCAAGCGAUGCCGCUGGAGCAGAUCCGGCCGCCGUUUUCGCCCUUUAUCAGCAGUGGCAGCGGCAGCAACAACAGGGAACAAGCAAAGGCGAGCUCGUCGAGAAAGACGCUGGCCGACUUGGAUUGCGGCGGGCUCAGUCAGCUCGACCCUCUCUCGUCGACCACAUCAUCCCUGGACGACGAGGAAAACGACGAGAAGAGCGAUGCAGCCUCACCCUUAUUCUAUACCACUGCGGCACUGCCGAGGAGGCGAGCCAGUAGUGCCAUGCAGCACCACGACGGGGGAAUGAACCUGCUCAAGCUCGGGGGUGUGGGUGGUGUGACCAGGUCGGGCAGUCGAGGGCGAAAUUCGUCGUACAACCUCUUCACGGCCUCUCCAGACGCCGACAAGGGCGAUGAGGCUAGGGACAGACUCGAGAGUGAUGACGAUGACGAUGAUGAUUACGACGGAGACGCUGGGCCCAGCUUCAGGUCUCGCAGGGUCAGAUCGCUCGACCCAGCCGUAACUGUAGGGAUGCACCACAGCACCAAGCACGCCUCUCGAGCGCCGCCAGCCGAUACAAAUAUUCACUUUCGGUCAUCGAGCUCCGACGUGCCAUCUUCCUCGUCUCGCACAUCAACUUCGUCGUACUCGGCGGCAGCAUUUAGCCUGAGGUCUGUUUCCAACCGAAACUCGGUCAGCUCGGCCAGCUCCGAGUCGUCCUCAAUACGCUCUCACGGCUUUGCUGCCGGUCCAUCGUCGAUGUCCUCUGAUGGUGACGAGUCAUCCAAUGCCACUGCGAUACUGGUCGGUGGUGAAGGUCACGACACGGACCCAAGCAGCGGCAGCGGCAGUAGCAACAGCAGCAAUAACAACAAUGACAACAACAGCAGGAGCUCCAGCAGAGACGCUUCCGUUGGUGGAUCCGCUGCAACGAUGGUCGACGACUCGGAUGCACCGGGCUUUGAAAAUGGAGAAAACGAGGGCCACAGUCGAAUGACGUCGUCCUCCACGGCCACGUCAGUGUCAACGUCGAACGUCGGUCCGGGCAUCAACCGAAUCAGAUCAAUUGGGAGAGGUGGGACACCGAGGCAGGACGCAAGACCUCUGUCAGACGAGGUGCCGGGGCCGAGCGAGCGCCAAAACGGGCGAAGGAGCAGCGGGGCCGUAGAAGGAGAGGAGAAGAGCGACGAGGACCAGGGCAGCGAUGGGUCACUGGUGGAAGGGACAAAGGAAGAAGAGGGAAACGAGACGCUGCGGCUUCUUCCGAGCCUCUCUACGUCGUCAUCCUCUUCACAAACCCAGCAGCUUUCGCCGUCGAGGUCGACCCCUUCGGAGCACUUGCCGACCUCGCCCGAGACUCUCGUUACACCGGUUGCGAGAUUGGAGGCGCGGCCACCACCACCACCACCAACAACAACAACAACAACGAGAACUACCCCGAUAGAUGCGACAGCGACGAACGAUGCAGCGUCCCCUUCCUUGCCAUCUCCCUCCGUAGCGAGCAAGCCUGACAUGCCGUUCCAGCCGGCCAUGCCUCGUAAGCACUCGGGCGUCUACGCAUUGCGAACUCGGUCCCAACAAGGCGGCGCGUACGGCAGCUUCUACGGAGGCGGCGGUGGCAGGGCGGCGGCACGAGAGAUGGCCCGCACCAAUAACUUCAGCUACGACAAUGCCCCUUUCAGCGUCCUCGAAGCUCGCAAAAACGGGCCGUCAUCGUCGAGCAGGCCAGCCAUGUCUGGUUAUUCACAGCCCGGCUCGCCCGUGACCCAGCCCGGUUUCUCGCGCGCGUCACCCAGCUUCGGCCCCUACUCGUCAAUGACUGACGCCAGGCUCCAAGGUCCAUCUCGCGCGAUGCUCAUGUCGCCCAUCGCACAAGCUUCGCCCGAUGCGCCUCAAAACGCCUUUUGGCGGCAGCCAGCGGCUGUUGCGAGCCUUGCUUCUUUCUCCGACAUUGCUGAUCUGGUCGGCGAGAGCGCCAUCUCUUCGGGUACCCCUCCGUCCUCGACAGCACCGCCUUCGGAGAACGAGAGUGCGCCCAGCCGCCAACGCGGUUCUCAUCGUCCGGGUCUCGUGACCCUGGACCUCGCCGAAUCGCCUUCGUCGUCGUCACUGUCUUCGCUCCUCGAGACGCCGCCUGGACCAAGCUCGCUGCACGUCAGCUCGCCCACGUCGGCCGACAGCGGCGCACGCAGCGGCGUGGGCUUGGGCAUUGUCAAUGCAUCGCCUGCACGACGACCAGAAAGGCCAGGUCUCACGAGAUCGACGACUGCCCUGGGCACCCAGGUCCUUCGGACACCCACGACAGAGGAAUGGACCCGCUUUCUCGCAAGGCAGGGACUCGAUCCGGCCAUUGUUGCGAGGAACCGAACGAGUACAAGUCGAAGCAGUCGUCCAUCGCUUCCACUCGCGCCCAGCACCGAUCUCGAGGCGGCUGAUCGUACCCUGGAGGGAGGAGACCAUGCCAAUGCUCAGAUGCUCGAGCAGCUAAAGCAGCUCGGCAUGAGCCGGGCUACGUCGAGCCGGACUGGGUCCCUCCUUGGCGAUGGCGCCGAUCUCGGCAGCGUCAAGGAGGACGACGAAGACGACGACGAUCUCGAGAUGGAUCAAGACAAGGAUGGGGAGGAGUGGGAGGAAGGCAGUGACGGCGGCAUGAGCUCGUACAGCAACAGCUCUUCUUAUGAGAGGAUGCGUGCACUGCAUGAGGCCAUCUCUCGCCCUCCCUCUCGGCUCAGCACUCCUCCGCCGAUGAAUCGCAUGGAGCUCGCGGCCGACGAGCAAGAGCAUGAAGAUGAUUUCAUCCAGGUCAGUGCCAUAGCGCCUCCCAGCGAGCGUCGGUCGAUUAGCGAUUACGUCGUCGUCUCCGAUAUCGGCCGCGGCGCCUAUGGCUUAGUCAAGAAGGCCAGGCUCAAGGGUCCCAACGGUGAGGUUGUGGGAGAUGAAUUCUGCAUCAAGUACAUCAUCAAGAGCCGCAUCCUGGCCGACUGCUGGAGGCGACACAAGAUACUCGGACCGAUCCCCGUCGAGAUCCACGUCCUGGAUCAGCUUCGACGGCUGCCCUACACACCACCAGCCGUCUCACCGCCGUGGAGCGCUGAAAGGAUGUUCGGCGUCGUGCCGCACAAAGGCGAAGAUGCCACUUUGCACCACCCGUCGCUGUGCCGGAUGCUCGACUUCUUUGAGGACCACGAGUUCUACUACCUUGUGAUGCCUUGCUUUGGCUCAGGCCAGGACCUAUUCGACUACGUCGAGUCGCAGCCGCACGGCCUCUCCUCGUCGCAGGUCCGCAGCAUCUUUGGGCAGGUCGCAGACGGACUCCGCUUCCUGCACGCCAACAACAUCGUUCAUCGCGACGUCAAGGACGAAAACGUCAUUCUCGACGGCAAGGGCCACGCGCAGCUCAUCGACUUUGGAUCGGCGGCCCAUGUCCGCCCAGGAAGGCUCUUUGACACGUUCAGCGGCACGCUCGACUACGCCGCCGCCGAGAUCUUGCGCGGUGAAAAGUACGGAGGCAAGGAACAGGACGUUUGGGCAUUGGGAGUGGUGGGAUACGUGCUCUUAUGCGGAGAUUGCCCCUUCUGGAAUGGCGAAGAAGCUAUCGAAGGCCUCAGCGAGGGAAGCCGUGCGAAGCUUUCGCUCAUGCAUCGUUGUGAGGACGUCGAGGCACCGGACGAGGCUGAAGAGCGAAGAGAGGAGAGAGAUGGCCAGAAAGACGGAGGCGGAAGGCUCGUUGAUGCGGCCGACCUCAUUGCACGGUGCUUGGAGCUGGAGCCGACGGAUCGUCCCACAAUGGAGCAGGUUUGCAACCAUCGCUUCCUCGUGGGCAGCGUCGGCUGGUCUGGUAGGCUGGGAUGGCGCGAGGUAGAUCCGUAGAUGCUAUAGCAUAUUGUAUUUUUUUUUCCCUUUCCUUUCUCAACCGGCUCCUUAACAAUGUCACGAAGUUAACGGUCUGCGUGCCCUGCUCC